CCGAAACCUACCAACAAUAAUACGCCCCAAAUCCCCAAUCUUCCACAAAUUUUAUCGUCCCCAAAUUUUUCAUCUCCUUCAAUUGCCCUAACCCUAAUUCUGGUCCUCUGAUUUUUCUUUCAAUUAUCAUUCUGAUCGGAUAGUAACGCUUUUUGUUGUUGUUGUUAUUGUUGUUUGAGAAAAUGGUAUCCCCUGAAAAUUCUAAUUGGUUGUUUGAUUAUGGAUUGAUCGACGACAUCCCCGUAUCGGAUGCGAAUUUCCCAGUCACCAGUUCGAGCUUCUCGUGGGCUGUUCAACCCUUUGAUGGCACCCAUGAUGUCGGUGUGGAAAUUGAUGGGUCAUCGGCAGAUCUAGAUGGUCGUCUAGAAUCUGGCUCCAAGAAGAGGGUCAGAUCUGAUUCAUGUAGUGGAUCAAGCUCCAAAGCAUGUAGGGAAAAAUUGCGGAGAGAUAGGCUCAACGAGAAGUUUCUGAUACUGGGCUCCAUUUUGGACCCUGGAAGGACACCCAAAACCGACAAGGCUGCAAUUUUAGUUGAUGCUGCUCGAAUGGUGAAUCAGUUACGUAGCGAAGCCCAGAAACUAAAGGAAUCAAAUUCAAGUCUGCAGGAUAAGAUUAAAGAAUUGAAGGCUGAGAAGAACGAGCUUCGUGACGAGAAGCAGAGGCUGAAGGCCGACAAGGAGAAGCUAGAGCAGCAAGUGAAGUCUAUGCAUGCUCACCCUGCUGGCUUCUUACCUCCACCAAUCCCCACAUUUGCUGCUCAGAGUCAAGCUCCUGGCGGUAAUAAGUUAGUUCCUUUCAUUGGUUACCACCCAAGUGUAGCCAUGUGGCAGUUCAUGCCUCCUGCUGCAGUCGACACGUCACAGGACCACGUACUCCGGCCACCCGUCGCCUAAAUCAGUGACCAGCCGAGGUUUCCUGUAAAAUCCCACUGGCAGCAUCUGGUUGCUUGGGAAUUUAUCCUUAACUUCAAUAUUUAUUCUGUCAUUGUCGAGUAAUAUAUAUUAGUAUUGUUAGUUUGUAGGCUUGUCAAUUGUUUUUGGGACUGACUAUCAUGUGUCAUUGAAUACUUGAAAGAAGAACAAGUUCUAUUUUGUAAUUGUAAAUGUGAUUUGAGUGAUUUGCUAA